GGCAACUUGGGGGCCACCGCCAGAACUGAGAGGAUGCCGAGUCCUCUCCCCUUGCUCUAGGACAAGGGGCACCUUGCACUGACCCCAGUUUCAACCUCACCCCUCCACCUCCCGCAGCAGGGACGGGUCCAGGAGACAACACGGCCUCAGUGAAGCCAGAACUGGCUCCGCCCCUCGCUCUGCCCGGCGCAGUAUAUGAACUGUCUUCCCAGCUCCUCCGGCCACAGCCCGUCCAGUGACCCUCAGCUCCUCUCCUGCCUCCGUCAGUCCUUCAGCAGACCCCGGCCACUCCUCCUUCAGAGUAUCUCCAGAAGCCACCCUUAAUCUCUCCUCCCUGAUUCUGCCCACUAUGACUGAGUCCCAACAGCCUCCUCCCUGCCUCCCAGCUCCCUGGGGCCCCACGAGAAGCCAGAGCAACCCUGUGGACCCCCGUGGCAGGCCACGUUGCUCCCCCACUCGGAGCCCUCAUGUGGCUCCAUCUCAGGAAAGGAAAGAGUGGUCCCCAGGAUCCACAAAGCCCCACAUGAUCUGCCCCCUGCCUUCCUCCUCAACCCACCUCGUCGGUCGUGCUCUGGGUCUGGCCUUUCGAACUCCGCAGACCUUUGCCCUCGCUAGUCCCUUCGCUGGCCACUCUUUCCCUCCAUCUUGCGUGAUUGCCUCCCUUUUCUCACUCAGGCCUUGGCCCAAAUAUCCUCCCCCGAGAGGACUUCCCUACCCAGCCAGAGUAGAGCCCUAGCGCUCCUGGGACACAGGAGUCUGGGAGCAUUUCCUCCUUCCUGACACAGAGCCGAGUGUUGCGUCUGCCCCUUCUCAGCUGUCUGGUCCGAGAGCACAGGGAAGUUCGCCAGUGCGUCCACUGCUGGAGUCCUGGGCUUUAUAAGAGGACUGGGCAUACAGUAGGUGCUCAAUAAAAACACCCGGCCGGAAGGAGCUGGGCCUCGUGUGGUUCCCAGUGUCCGGCGCUGUGUAAAUGCCCUUCUGCACACCUUGCCCACAGCCAUGCCUCACCUGGGGAGUCGUGGCUGCCGGCCCCAUUUCACAAGGGAUGGAACCAACCCUAGGGCUCGGCAGUUUGCGCAGGCUGCACGGCUGGUAGCGCUGGGCCCGGGGUCCAGGCCGAGCCCAGCCUGACUUCUGAGGAAGUAGGGUUAGGAGACCCAAAUUUCCUGAUGACGAAGCGGCCAAAGAGCAGUUGCCCGAGGUCUCUCUGCAAGUGGCGGCCGCUGGAUUCGAACCCAGGUCGGCCUCCCAGCACAGCCUGAAGCCCAGCAGACCGUGUUCGUCUGGGGGACACGUCCUCCCUCCACACGGGCGCUCAGGGGCCAUUAGCUGGAGGGGAGCGCAUGCAGGACGUGGGUCCCCAUGAAUAAUUGAGGGUCUCGGGCAAGUGGCCGCCCUGCAGCUGUCACCCCGCUGCGGGUGGGGAAGGGGCAGUGGUGACGUCAUUUCCUCCCCUGCGGGGCCACGGGCACGGGUUAUAAGCAGCUGCCGCGCCAUCCAGCAACACAGAGCACCCUGGUCGGGACGCCCCACCAUGCAGCGCCGUGGGCCCACCUCCGUGCUGCUGCGGCUGCCGCUGCCCCUGCUGCUGGCACUGCUGAUGGGGGCGGCCACCACUGCUCCAUUGGCACCAAGACCUUCCAAAGAAGAGCUGACCCGCUGUCUGGCCGAGGUAGUCACAGAAGUGCUGACACUGGGCCAGGCCCAGAGAAGCCCCUGCACAGCUCUCCUCCACAAAGAGAUGUGUGAGACAGAGCCCUACAGGUGUGUGUCCACCAGAGAGAAAGGCCUCCUGGUUGGGGAUUUCAAGAAGCAAGAGGCUGGGAAGACGAGGUCCAGCCAGGAAGUGAGGGAAGAGGAAGAGGAGGCAGCAGAGAGGGCUCACAAGUCUGAGGUGCGGGAACAGACCAUCCACGAGCAGCUCCACAGCCGGCUCCGCCAGGAGGAGGACAACGAGGAGGAGGAGGAGAAGACCGAGGAGGAGGAGAAAAGGAAGAAGAGGGGGCCCAUGGAACCCUUCGAAGGCCUGUGGAAGCGGCACCUGGAGGGUGGAGGGGGGCCCCAGAAGCAAAUGACAGAGCAGGCCACUGAUGAGGAGACAGCCCAGUUUGAGGCAGAGGAGAAGGGCAUGCAGGUGCUCGGUGGGGCCCACAGCCUGUGGCAGGGAGCCGAGGGCGGGGCAGGAGAGAGGCACGAGGACUCACCGCACCACCACCACCUCCACCAGCCAGCAGCUGAGCCCAAGCAGGAGGAGAAGGAAGAGGCUUCGGAGAGGGAGGAGCAUGACAUGGAGCGGUUGGAACACGUGAGAGAGGAACUAAAGAAGGCAAGCGAGAUCCUGGGGGAGGAGAUCAGGAGGGAGGGAUGACCCCGACCUCCCGUCCUCCUUCCCGACACACCCUACGGCUAAGGGCUGUGCACCCCCAAAGCUCACCUAACGGCCCACUCCAUUCCCCAACCUACAGGUGGGCCGUGUGACCGGGCCCAGGGGGCUGAGUCUGAGCCGGGUAUUGGGGCUGGGCUCACACUGACUCAGGACACACCCGGCCUCCCGUGUCACCCACUCCAACCCUUCUGUGUGAAUAAAGCACAAAGAAAACCAC